CUCGGGGCGGCGGCGCUCGCAGCAUGGCCCGGGGCCCGGCGCGCCUGCAGUUCCGCGUGCAGCUGCGCUUCGUGACCGAGGAGCAGCUCUUCGGGGCGGGGCCGCUGUCGCCCCCCAGCCCGAAGUGCCUGCGGCUGGAGGUGCACCCGGCGGGGGAGGAGGCGGACGCGACGGUGACCGACGCUGAUGGCGUCUGUGUCUUUAAAUGCUUACUCAACAGAGACACGGAAUGUUGCCGCGUGGGGAAGGAAUCCGUCUUGAUCACUCUGGGAUACAGCAGUGCUCUGUUGAAGUUUGAAUCUCACGCGGAUCUCAGCUCAUUUUCAAAUACCUUGAAAAGCUGCCGGAAUGAGAAAAAGGACUCCUCGGUGUUCAGCCAGCGGACAGAAGAGGCAUCGGCCGUGCAGUAUUUCCAGUUUUAUGGCUGCAUUUCCCAGCAGCAGAACAUGAUGCAAGAUUUUGUGAGGACAGCCACUUACCACAGAGCCAUCCUCCAGAACCACAUUGACUUUAGAGACAAGAUUGUCCUAGAUGUUGGCUGUGGAUCAGGAAUACUAUCAUUUUUUGCCGUGCAGGCUGGAGCUAGGAGAGUGUAUGCUGUUGAAGCCAGUUCUGUAGCACAGUAUGCGGAGAUGGCCUCGGGUUUGGUGACUGUUGAGAAGAAACAAACCACUUGGCCAUCAGGGAAUAAACAACACAGUGGCUCUCAAAUGAAGAUGCUGGUGAAAAAUAACCACCUUUCAGACAAGAUCACUGUUUUGCCAGGGAAAAUCGAAGACAUCUCUCUUCCCGAAGCCAUCGACGUGAUCGUGUCCGAACCGAUGGGGUACAUGCUGUUUAAUGAAAGGAUGUUGGAGAGUUACCUUCAUUCCAAAAAGUGGCUAAAAGCAAAUGGAAUGAUGUUCCCGACCUUCAGCGACAUCCACUUGGCCCCCUUUUCUGACGAACAGCUCUACAUGGAACACUACUCCAGGGCCAACUUUUGGCACCAGCAGUGUUUCUAUGGGGUCAACCUGUCCAGUCUCCGGGGGGCCGCGGUGGACGAGUAUUUCAGGCAGCCGAUAGUGGACACGUUUGACGUUAGGAUUUUGAUGGCUCGGACGGUCAAAUACACGGUAAACUUCAUGGAUGCAGAAGAAGCAGAUCUGCACAGAGUAGAAAUCCCCUUUGUGUUUCAGAUGACACAGUCUGGCCUCAUCCACGGCCUGGCGUUCUGGUUUGACGUGGCCUUUGUUGGAUCUGUGGUAACUGUUUGGCUGUCGACAGCCCCAACUGAGCCUCUGACUCAUUGGUAUCAGGUGCGGUGCCUUCUCCACACUCCCCUCUUUGCCAAAGAAGGAGAGACCCUCUCAGGGAAAGUGCUGUUUAUAGCCAACAGACGACAGAGCUAUGACAUUCAUAUCGUGGCGCUGGUAAACCAGACAGGCUUCAGAUCUGGGAACAUCCUCGAUCUAAAGAAUCCUUUCUUUAGGUUUGCUUAGAAGAUAGUCCCAAGCCAGUCACUAAGUCAAAUGAAGGCCUGAGAAGCCCCUCGCCAUCCAGGUUCAGAUUUCACAUUCCAAACGUGCACUCUGCAUCUUACAAGGAUGAUUAGGUUUAUUUAAAUUCUUUUUUUUUUUUUUUUUUUUUUUUUUUUUUGCCCCCUGACUCUAAAAUGUGCCUCCUAGUUUUAUUGACAAGUCUGUUUCUUGGUGCUUCUUAGACUGGCUCUUUACAGCUUUCUGCAUGUGAGCUGAACAAAUUUUUUUUGUUUUGUUUGCAAUGUGUGAUUUCUCUGUAUCAUUAUCUCGGUAAAGCCCACAGCAUUGCUUUCUUUUUGACGUAUUUAAAAACGGGAAUUUAACAAACCCCUACCUCAUGUUUAUAUGAAUGCGUAUGUAUGACAUAACCUAAGAGCAUGUGAGGAGUGAUCUUCGAUUGACCAUUUUAAGCUGUUCUUGCCAAUAUUUUCAGCACAUCAGCAGCUCAUCUCCAGCUCAGCCACGCGUGAAAGAAUUUCUGCCUUAUUCAUGUAGGGGAAUAAUACGAUGUCAGGAAUGCGCUUCAUCGGCAAUAUCUGAUGACUCUGUGUGCAGUUAAGAAAAUAAAGAUGGAAUCUUUGUCAGCUCUCUUAGGUUUGCAAUAAAAACGUACAGUGCGAGAUACCA